AUGGGUGACUUUGGUGGUCAUAUGAUCCCGGGCCUUGCCAUCUUCAUCUUUGGGAUCUACCAAGGAGUGCUGACAUCGCUGUCGCUGCUCAGGGACCAGCUUUCCCCACACCCUCCCACGAGCCAAAGGACGGGCUGGCUAUGGCAGCUACCUGUGGGUGCGCUGCUGAAGGUGCUGUUUGGCACCAUCUCAUUCCUGCAUGAGAUCUCAAGCCUUCACGCCACCAUGAUUGUGACAGACUACAAUGACCCGUAUUUUAGCAUCAUAUUCCCCAUGAUGUGGCAGCAUUUCACCAUGUUCACUGUCUUCAUCUUGAGCGGACUCGUGGAUCUGGUGAGCCGGGUCUGCCUGGCCAAGAGACGGCUGGGCCUGGAGGUGGCAGCCCAGAUCUUGGCAACACUCGUGCUGGUCCCGCUGAUGUUCUGUCACCUGUGGCACAUGGAAGGGCUGGAGAAACAGAGCCAUAUCCUCCUCUUGUUUUCCAUCUCCCUGCUUGCCUUGGCAAUGACCAUAGAGCUCUGGGUUCCCAACCAACCCCAGCUUUGGUUAAUCAAGACCUGGCUUUUCUUGGUGACUGGGACAUGGUUGAUGCACAUGGCCUUCAUGCUCUUCUACCCAGUCACUGCCCGCGCAUGGCAUCACUACACCACAGAAAACAUCAUGUUCCUCACCACCUUCUUCUGCUGGCACCUAGUAGCAGGUGCUUUGAUUCUAGGGGUCAUCUACACCUUCUCUAUCCUUUGGCACCAGUACUGUGGCCUGGCCCCAGACUUAGGUGGGAACAAUGAGGCUAAGUAUCACCUGUGCCUUCCCGAAACUCCAGAUGAAGAGCUACAGGAGGCAGAGUUGGAAGGUCACAUCCAGAGGACCCUCUUUUUUGCAGAGCCCACCUUAGGUCCUAGAAACUUCAGGGUCAAAGAGUAA